AUACACAUUUUCUGAGAUUUUCUGAUCCAAUCUCUGUUAAAACAUAGUAUCUUCAUAACUAAAACAUAGUAUCUAUAACUUCCAACAUAGUAUCGUAAUUCCUGUUCGACGGUCGUUUAUACUCGUUUACAGCUACACGUACAUAUGUCUCUAUAACUUGGCUUCGCUUCAAAUAGGCAAAAUUCAUCGCGUCUAUUUUCUGGAAAUUAUUCGAUUUUUACUUGCUCCACCGGGAUAUAAUACAUUUUAGCUUGCUCAUAGAGCUAAAUUACGGAUAUUUAUAAAUAUAAUAAUAUAUUCAUGACUCUGCGUAUUUGUGGGAUAAAACUGAUAACCCGUUGAUGUAUACUUUUAUUGCGCGUGAACCGUGUUCGAACCGAUGCAUAUAUUAAAUUUUGUUGAAUAUUCUAAGAUGAAGUUAAUUUAAAAUUCUCGUUAAAACCGAGCUAAAAACAUUCGCGAUUAAGUUUAUACGAGGUAAUUAGAAACCAAACUAGACAGUCGCAUUUACAGAAAAUUUCCUAUUUCCGGUAUUAGAAUAGACAUAGGCUACCGCAAUGUGGCCUGGAGUAUUGAAGUUAUUGGUGUUACUAACAUUCUUGCUACAUCUAUCAAGAUGUGCGCAGCUGCAGAAAAAGGUGGUGAAUUUCCGGGAAAAGGAGAAGGAGGUAUUAGACGACAUUCUAGGACCAGGACGGUACGACGCGCGUAUCCGACCCAGUGGAGAAAAUGGAACAGAUGGGCCGGCCAUUGUCCGGGUAAACCUGUUUGUGCGAAGCAUUGCGACAAUUAGUGACAUCAAGAUGGAGUACUCUGUACAGUUAACAUUCCGGGAACAAUGGCUGGAUGAACGAUUAAGAUUUAGUGAUUUUAAAGGUCGUCUAAAAUAUUUGACAUUGACGGAUGCAAGUCGCGUUUGGAUGCCAGAUCUGUUCUUUUCGAACGAGAAAGAAGGACAUUUUCACAACAUUAUUAUGCCGAAUGUGUACAUUCGUAUUUUUCCCAAUGGUUUCGUUCUAUACAGUAUACGGAUAUCCCUAACAUUAUCAUGCCCGAUGAAUUUAAAAUUAUACCCCUUGGAUCGACAAGUUUGCUCGUUGCGUAUGGCAAGUUAUGGUUGGACAACCGAUGAUUUGGUUUUCCUGUGGAAAGAAGGAGAUCCUGUCCAAGUUGUUAAAAACUUACACCUGCCUCGGUUCACGUUGGAGAAAUUUUAUACCGAUUAUUGUAAUAGCAAGACGAAUACUGGAGAAUACAGUUGCCUGAAAGUUGACUUGCUGUUCAAGAGAGAAUUCAGUUACUAUCUUAUUCAAAUCUACAUCCCCUGCUGUAUGCUUGUAAUUGUAUCCUGGGUAUCGUUCUGGCUCGAUCAAAGUGCUGUACCAGCUCGAGUUUCACUUGGUGUUACUACCUUGUUGACGAUGGCUACGCAGACGUCAGGAAUAAAUGCCUCACUGCCACCGGUUUCUUAUACAAAGGCUAUCGAUAUUUGGACAGGCGUAUGCUUGACUUUCGUAUUCGGCGCUCUCCUUGAAUUUGCCCUAGUAAAUUACGCAUCGCGGAGCGAUAUGCACAGCGAUAACAUAGAGAAAAAGUAUCCACCGUCUGAAACCGAACAAUCUACGUCGAUGGACUUACCCUCUGAUCAAGUCGAACCAGAUAAUUCGUCAAAUUUCGCUAUGACCGGAUAUGAUGGACCACUUCAACAUUCUCUACAGAAACCUCUGGUCCGACAACCGGAGGACACUAUGUCGAUGGAUAGGAUGCAGCACUGCGAAUUACAUAUGCAACCACGAAAAAAAAACUGCUGCAGGUCGUGGCUGUCCAAGUUCCCGACGAGGUCCAAGCGCAUCGACGUCAUCUCACGGAUCUUCUUCCCAAUCGUAUUCGCUUUCUUCAAUCUCACGUACUGGUCCACGUACCUGUUUCGGGAGGAAGAGCAAGACGAGUAAAUGUCGACGAGGAAGCGCUCGGAUCAAGGGACGUGGCUCGCGGCCAUUCCCAGUAUACUUGCACCAAAGCCACCACCACCGGUAAACCUUAUCAUCGUUCGCGUUCUCGUCGACUACAUUCAGACCAUCAGCAACCUCGUCAACCGCCCCAUGACUGUCGCCUGCAUCGGCAUUAUCCCCAACGCAGUAACAUCCAGCAACAACAGCCGCAACAACAUCUGCAGCAGCAUCAUUAUCGUCAUCAGCAGCAGCCGCCACCUCCGGCUCCACCGACACAAUAUCAAACGUUACCCUCGAACCAUAGACACAAACACCAUCCACGUUAUUAUCUUUAUCAAUCGCAUCAGCCGAGAUCCGCGUCGUUCUCGUCGUUACACAACGUGGUCGAAGGUAGCAGUAGAUGUUCGUCGUUACCGAGGGGUUCGCGGUAUUCGUUGAAAAGCCCUGCGAGAUCCUCGCCUUCGCCCUCGCCCUCCCCCUCGCCCACGCCCACGCCCUCUCCGUCGCCCACUACGUCUCGCAGAGUGACACCGUCACCGCCCGCGGCGACUGUUCGAACAAUCCCACCCCAAGACAUCCGCCGUUUCCAACGACAUCCGCUUCCCCGUACCGAGCGGUGCUGUUGGGGUCUUCUACCGCGACGUUGGUUCACCUGUCGAGCGAAAGGUACUGCAGGGAUUGACUUUGUCUCGCGUAUCGCUUUCCCUCUCAUGUUCAUUCUGUUUAAUCUUGGCUACUGGUCCACCUAUCUGUUCCAAGGUGACGAAGGCGAUUACAUGCAUAAGUAAAUUCGAUUCUGACAUCUAUUUCACGCCUGUCGUCAACGGAUCGGACGAACGAGAGGAAAGGGUGAAUGUGCGAGCGACGUCAAGAUCACGUCGUAUGCUGUGCUUCAAAGUCUGUCUGUAACUGCUGCCUCCAAGAAUCCUGUUCCCUGUAUCGCGGCGAAUUUUCCUACGAUGUGCGUCAUCCAAUGUGUCAAUGUUCUUAUCGAGAGCGAGAGGGUGUGAAAGAGCGUGUAACGUUACAUCAGACGUUCUAGUAAUAUUAUCUUCGAUACACUAAGACGAUGCAGGGAACGAAGAUUCGCUCGAUGCUCGUUUCAACGAGGAAAGGAUAACCGUAGAGAGAGAGAGCGGAAAAAUCGGGAGGCAGAGCGUAUUUCAACAGAAGACUUUUUAAUAAUCCGUGCCUGAAGUUCGAUGACCAUACUUUAAAGACCAAGGUAAGCGCAACGAAAUACGCAACGUUUGGUACGGUAGGGAGUAGUCGAUGAGAUAUUAUAUUAUAUAUAAAUGAUAAUAUAUAUAUAUAUAAUUAUAUAUAUUAUAUGUUAUAUAAUACGUAAUAUAUAUGUAUAUUAUAUAUGUAUAUAUUACAUAACAAGACGCGAAAACGGGAAACGAACAUGGUGUAAGAAUUAUAAGCUCUUAUGAGACCGUAUACAUGUUAAUUAUACACAUAUAAACACUCCUCUGUAACAUAUUUGGAAGACCGCGUGCCACAGGAUGAUUAAUCAAUGUAGUGGGCCCUGUAUAGCCACGGCCUGUUAACGAACUACGUGCGAAUAAAUUUAUAAAUAAUAUAACGUAAUUAUAAUUGACAAGCAAAAAAGAAAAAAAGUCAUUAAAUGCAACAAUGAUUCCUGUGUAUAAAAAGAAAAUCCUCAGUCUAAACGGAAUUAACGAGUCAAUGUUAAGCAUAUUAUUUAAAUAACCCGAUGAUUAACAUUGAUUCGAAAGUGAACCAAAAGAGAAGACAAAGACGUGAAAGGGAAAACGAUUAAAGAAGGGAAAAAGAUAAAAGAAAAAAAAAAGUGAAAAAAAAAAGUAAAAGAGAAAAGUAACGUUCUCGAGAGGACAAUUAGCUGAUAUUGCGAGAAAAAAAUCGCAUUAUCAGGAAGGAUUAUAUUAUACAUUUAGAUAUUAAUUAUCGAUCGAGGCGGUAGUAUUACACACGGACACGCGACAGACGACUCUUCUCUCUCUCUCUCUCUCUCUCUCUCUCUCUCUUUCUCUCUCUCUCCCUUCCUCUUCUUUUCUCUCUCUUUUUCACACCCACAUACACGUCACGCACACAGACACACACAAAACAAAACGUUGCUCUCCUUUGGACUUUUUCGAGAUCUCGGGAUCUCUAAAGUAUUGCUCAUUGACCAGUCGAGACUGAGGAUAUUGUUCAAUGUGAAAAAUAUAUAGGUGGAAAGAAAAAACCGUAAAAAAAAAAAAAAUUAAAAAAAAAAUCGAAAAAAAGGUAUAUAUAAGUAUAUAUAUAUAUACAUAUAUGAAAAAAUGGACUGAAAUCGAAUGAAUCGAGCGAGACACGAUUCAUCGUCGGAUAAGGAGCGUAGAGAACUUUAUUUCCGAGCAAACGUACUGCAAAGAACGUUUGUCGAUAUCCGUAGAGGGGAAAGAAUUUAAAAAAAAAAAAAAAAAAAAAAAAAGAAAAAGAGAAAAAGCCAAGCAAAAAAAAAGAAGACGAAAAAAGAUCUAGAUAAGAUUGUGUUGCAAAGUAAUACGGAAGGAAAGGAGAAUAAGAAGGGGUGGAAAAAAGCGGGGAUGAGAUUAAAGCGAAUUUAAUUUACUCUGCGCGUGCUUCGUUUUAAUUGUCGAUUCGAAUGGACCGCCGUUUCGAGACACGUCGAACAAAUUUCCUGCAUCGAAGCGGGUCCCUAUAGUAAUAUACGCGUAUAUUUUAUAGUAGAUCUAACAAGUGUUCUGUCCGUUCGUAUUCCUUUCGAUCAUUGCAUGCGACGAAAAUUCGUUUCUCGCCAACUAAUCUCUAAGGCACAUUAGAUUUCCUUUCGACAGGAGACUCAUAGAGGAAAGUUUUUCGAACGAAUCCUUUGGCGUCUCAGUUUUCCUUAUCGUUGUUCGUUUGUCUGGCCGUCGCCAUAUCGAUUCGUCGUUGAAAUAGUUCGAUGCUUCGAUCGUAAAGGGAAGCUUUUAGAUCAGAGGAAUGACAUAGACGAGGGUAAAUAACACCGAUAUUUAAAAUGAAAAAAAAAAAAAAAAAAAUGAAGAAAAUAACAAAGCUUAAGGAAGAACAGUAAACAGAAGAAAGAAGAGAGCGAAAGAAACGACCGAAAGGAUGAGUAUAAUAUCGUGCGCAAGCGAGGAGGAAGAAGAAGAAGAAGAAGAAGAAGAGCGUUGUGCUGAUUUUAUCGUCGUUUCACGCUGUCCUUCCGUUUUGCUCAUUCUCGUUGAUUUGUCCGUUUAUCAUAGCACAAUGUCGGAUCAGUAUAACGUCCUGCUCAAUAACGACUGACAUAAAAACCAAUUAUGAUGAUUAAUUGUAUAUACGUAUUCUUAUCGUGACUAACGAGGUGUAACGCUAAUGGAUGAAUUCCCGAAUUUUAAACUGAAAUUUCGAUUUUAUCGAACGCGCCGUGCGACUCGUGGCCGCAAAUUAACGAAUAAUUGAGCGAGAGAUGGCGAGAGAAAGAAACUGGAAGCGAAAAUAAGGAUAAGAACAGCGUAUGGUAAAUCGUUUAAUCGUCGAAAGUUCUCUCCGAACAGUAUUAUAAUUAUUAUAAGAGAGAAAAAAGAAGAAAGAAAAGAGAUUGAAAGAAGACGUAAGAAGAAGAAAAGGAAUAAAGAGAAAAGCGGAAAGAAGAAAUGACGAGCGUAGAGAAACUGACUCCGAAAUCAUCGUUGGUCACUGUCUACAUUCUACAUGAUUACGCUGGAUGGGUGAACGAAUCGCCGGAUAUAAAAUAAAUAUGGUAAAUCGCAAUUGCGCGACUAACGCGUAUCACAUUCAUUCUUCGUAAUUCAAAACCCGGCAAUCACGUUCAUGUUUUAUAUUAUCGGUACGAUACGAGUAUGCCAUUUUGUCAGACUGCAUCGUUCCAGGCGUGUUUCAAAAUCAUAAAAGAACAAAAGAAAAACGUUAAAAAAGAAAAGAAAAAAAAAGAAGACAACUCGUGCGAACGAUCGAGAAAGCGACAGCCACGCGAGAUUACGAAGAAGAGCGAAAGAUACGAUAGGAUACGAUCUUUCUUUUCUUCGUGAGGUCGCGUCGAGUCGCGUUUCUCGUUCGUUUAUUUCGUAAAAAAUAAAGAAACAAAUAGAUAAAAAAAAAAAAAGAAGAAUCACACGCUGAGAAACGGCUGGUACGGUGUUAAUCUUAUCGUUGUCGCCUUUCAAAAUUAGUAGCCAAACGAGAAAAAUGAAAAAAAAAAAAAAAAUAGAAAGAAGAAAAUAUACGAGAGAAAUCGAUAAAUCGAAGAUGAGGUUUUUUCAUUUCGAUUCGGGAUUUUGUUUGGAAAAGCGAAAAAGAAAAAAAGAAAGACGAAGAAGAGAGAAAAGCGAGCGAUCAUCUUGCGGAACGCGACGUAUUUAUUUUUCACGAUAUUAUCGAGAAAAAAGAGAAGAACAAAUCGAACGGCGAUUUUGAAGUGUAAGAUAUAACAAAUGAAUGGGCAGAAGGGAAUGUUUCGUUCUUCAGCUAGUCUUUAAGUUUCUGUGUUGUUUGCCAGUGGCCAAUAGUUGAAGGCAGGAGAAAAAGUACAAUGAAAAUGAAGAUAAUUUAGAUUUAGUUGAUACGAGAUCAUAAGAGGAUAAUUUAAAGAGUAUAAAUACUUCGAUAUGAAUAUUCAAAUUAGCCCAACAGCUAUUGGCGGUAAUUUUACACAGCGUAACUCGCCCCCAUAUACAUCAAAUUUCAUCAGGGUAAUUAAUCGAGCUAACAAAAUCUACAUCUAUAAUUGCUGUUACUAAUACAGAUGCGAUUAAGUUUGUUCCAAUUAUAAUCUUAAUCGAGAAACUUUGAUUUGUUACGACGCGAUUGAAAGAGAAUCUCUAUUUUAUCGAUUUGUUUUUCUACUCCUGAACAGCAGAUUUAUCGUAUAAGUAUCGUAGGAGUCUUUAAUAAGUAUCUAACGUUAAGUGAAAAUGUCUUAAAAUGUAAAUGGGAUUGUUAAUUUUUAUCUCUUUCAGAAUUCCAAGUCGUUAAUGAUAAAUACCGUUUUAUAUUUACAAGCAAGUUUCAUCAACUUUCUGUUUAUUCCGUGUGUUUGACUAUACUUAUCUAUAGAAAAAUCGUAUAUAGCGAAUCGUACAAACUACGUAUGCGAACACUAUGGGGGAAUUUUGAUAAGGUAAGUUAAAUUAAACUCGAAACGAUUUUAUUUGAGGAAUAAAAUAAAAUAUGUAUACGUAUAUAUGAGAAUAAUAUAGAUAAGAAAAGUCUGCCCUGUAACUUCAAAAUCGCAACAUUGUCAGGAGAAAAAGAUAAGGUACCUAUUUUAAAUUUCAAAAUACACACCUAAGGAUCUAAUUUUUAUUGUUUUAGUGCGUUUACUAUGUAAUAUUAUUAUAAGUACAAAAAAACGUUUCUCUAUGUAGUUUAAGAUAUGUAAUAAGUUGAAACAAGAAAGGAAUAUAUCUAUCAGAGAAU